GGGGGGGGGGGGGGGGGGGGGGGGGAAUCAUGAGUUCAGGGACAGGAACAAGCACUUUUGUAAUCCGGUGGAUCAACUUUCUCACAAUGUUAUUAGCUGUGGCAGUCAUAGGUUUUGGUGUGUGGAUGGGCGCUCAUCAUGACAACUGUCGAAAAUCUCUUACAUUGCCGGUUAUAGGCCUUGGUGCUGUAAUCCUUGUAGUAUCAAUAAUUGGGUUUUUGGGAGCGCUGAAGAACAACUCAAUCUUGUUAUGGAUUUAUCUCAUCUUGCUUUGCAUUAUACUGGUGGCUAUUUUGGUCUUCACAGUGUUAGCGUUUAUAGUAACAAAUAAUGGCUCCGGUCAUAAUGUAUCUGGUCUUAGGUAUAAAGAGUAUCAGCUUCAAGAUUAUAGUACCUGGUUUCUUAAACAACUAAACAAUUCCCAUAACUGGGAUCACCUCAAGAGUUGCCUUGUCAAGUCAGAUGAUUGCAACAACCUUUCGAAAAGAUACAGGACUCUCAAGCAAUUUAAAUCGGCAAAAUUAAGCCCCAUUGAAGCUGGUUGUUGUCGACCACCAUCUGAGUGUGGUUAUCCAGCCAUGAAUGCGUCGUUCUACGACUUGAGCUUCCACCCCAUAAGUUCCAACAAAGAUUGCAGACUUUACAAAAACUCUAAAGCUGUCAAGUGCUAUAAUUGUGAUUCUUGCAAGGCUGGAGUUGCACAGUACAUGAAAACUGAAUGGAGGGUCGUAGCGAUCUUCAAUUGUAUUCUCUUUGUUGUCCUGUCGAUGAUUUACUUUGUGGGAUGCUGCGCAAGAAGAAAUGCUGCCAGGGGCAACUCUAAAGUGUGAAUGUAUGGGUAUAAAGUCCGAGCAAUUCCUCAAGGGUAAUUAACUUCACUCCCGUCUCCCGUGUGCCGUGCACUCAUCACAAUUUCACUGCAUUAUCUCUGCCCUCCAUUUCUUGAGAAAUUUGCUGAUCAGAGUUAUGAUGGUGACUUCAAAUGCUGUGGUGAUUCCAUAUCUCCCGGAUAUGUUUGAAUUUGUCGAACGUGUAAUGUCAAGGAAUGAAAUUGUACAAUCUUUGCCAUGUGAAACUAAUGCCAAAUCAAUCGUUCUUCCAUUCAAUUUCUUACACAAGACAGCAUACGGUGUUUUAACUCUAGUAGUCUAGUUCAACAUAAACAUCAAAAAAGAGUCGAGGUUUUCGGACAUUGUUAACUUGAUGAA